AUGGCAAGGAACGCUCCACAACAAGGUAGUGGGCCGAUGGCAAGGAACGCUCCACAACGAGGUAGUGGGCCUAUCGAAAGAAACGCCCCACAACAAGGUAGUGGGCCUAUCGCAAGGAAGGCUCCACAGCACGGUAGUUGGCAUAUCGCAAGGAACGCUCCACAACAAGGUAGGGGGCCUAUCGCAAGGAACGCUCCAGAACAAGGUAGUGGGCCUAUCGCAAGGAAGGCUCCACAUCAAGGUAGUGGGCCUAUCGCAAGGAUCGCUCCACAGCAAGGUAGUGGGCCUAUCGCAAGGAACGCCCCACAACAAGGUAGUGGGCCUAUCGCAAGGAACGCUCCACAACAAGAGAGUGGGCCUAUCGAGAGAAACGCUCCACAACAAGAUAGUGGGCCUAUCGAAAGAAACGCUCCACAACAGGGUAGUUGGCCUAUCGAGAGAAACGCUUCACAACAAGGUAGUGGGACUAUCGAAAGAAACGCUCCACAACAAGGUAGUGGGCCGAUCGCAAGGAACGCUCCACAACAAGGUGGCGGGCCUAUCGCAAGGAACGCUCCACAACAAGGUAGUGGGCCUAUCGAAAGAAACACUCCACAACAAGGUAGUGGGCCUAUCGAAAGAAACGCUCAACAACAAGGUAGUGGGCCUAUCCUAAGUAACGCUCCACAACAAGGUAGUGGGAAUAUCGCAAGGAAGGCUCCACAACAAGGUAGUGGGCCUAUCGCAAGGAACGCUCCACAACAAAGUAGUGGGCCUAUCGCAAGGAAGGUUCCACAUCAAGGUAGUGGGCCUAUCGAAAGAAACGCUCCACAACAAGGUAGUGGGCCUAUCGCAAGGAACGCUCCACAACAAAGUAGUGGGCCUAUCGCAAGAAACGCUCCACAACAAGGUAGUGGGCCUACAAUUUAG